AAUUGGUAAGCUGAGGUAAAACGGAGCUAGUACGCCUGUAAAUGCAGUAUUCUACAGCUCGGUCGGAUGCUACAUCCCCGCAUAUUUUGAAAGCCGGGCUUCAUUUGUAAGCUGCAACCGCAACUACGCAAAACCGAGACAAACGCACAUUUCGUACCGUCCAGAGGUCGGACCGGAUACUAAGAGCUGCAAUAAGGGGAAGCUAACAAACGUCAUGAGAUGAAGUUGACGCCUGGUUGUUAUUCACUUAAAGAAACAACACUUCAGAAGUAUGGCGACAGCAUACAAAAUCAAGAUCACUCCCGAAAACACCGGUUUGUGGCAUUUUGGUCAGGAUGAAUCUGCGGCCGAGAAAGCUACCGAGUUGCUGCAAAAGGAUAUGAACCAACACCACGUGUUCUUUAACGAUGGUGGAUUUCACAACCACAUCAGCCACCAUAUCCUCGCCUUGUACGGCACAGGGGCGUCGGCUGAAGACCUCGUGAAGGGGUACAUUGAGAAUGAAGGAUACCAGCGUCCAUCGGUGAAGGCGCAUGGAAAUCUGGUUGAGGACCUCAAGGACUGGGAGAAAGCGAAGAAGCAUUUGGGCAAGGCGAAGUAUUACACGGACUGGCUUCACUUCUACCAACAUGAGAUCGAACGACUAGGUUGGCAGAAGGCACUGGCCGAGUACAUGUUCAAGGGCGACGAGAGAUGCGAGGACAUGAUGGUCAGGAUGUUUUCAGGCUUUCUCCACCCUCUUAUACAGCUGAUGUACGGUGUGGAGUGGGAUCAACCCGCCAUUGUCGCGAUGGCGCUGGCCCAGGCCUGCGUGCACGAAGACGAGCUCCGAAAGUUACUCAUCACGGCUGAGGAAAAGGCAAAGUCUGCACCGACGCCCAUGCCGACCAUCGUGUCUCUUCUCAACACCUUGGCCAAGGACGAUAAACUGAGAAACUCACCUCGACUAGAUGACAGCAACAAGAUCCGUGAUGGAGUCCUGGCUCGAGCGUGGGAAGAAGCAAUCAAGUAUUGCGGACAGGUGAAAGUGCUGCCUGAAGAGCUAGACCAAAGAACGGCCGAAAUGUUCAACGCAGCAAUCUAUGAAGCUUCUUGUGCCGCAGUCUAUCCGGGAAAGGAUCCCAAGUAUGAAUUCUUUCUGAUACAUCAUGUCAAUGUUUCUCCCAUCUUUAUCGUUCUCAAUAAACAGGAUUGGAUCUCCACCGAGAACAAGGUGCGAAUUUUGGAAUGGAAAAUUCGCAUGGAUUUACUCCAAUAUGCCGCCAGAGGAUGCCCCAAGAUAUUAGUGGAUAAGAUUGCGUUGUACGUACCAAAAGAUAAGAACCCAGGACCAACUAUCGAGUUACUCCCCAGAAUGCACAACUUGGUCGAAGAUGGCCACGCUAUCAAGCUAUUCCGAGCAAUCGGUGUAGGCCAACAUGUUAGCAAACCAUACGAAGACGAACAAGGAAUGUUCAUUAAGGGCGACUUAUGGAAUAAGGUCGGGCAUUUGGUUGCUGAUUCGGUCGAGGCACCGGGACCAACUUGGGUGCGUAACGCGGGCUUCGAUGAGGCGUGGAAGGACGUCGCAGAUCGGCCAAGCGAAGGCGGUAAGGUAUCUUUGUGAGUUGACAUCGUAACAACGGCCAAGAGCGCGCUGGAACCGCUGCGGAACGUUUCUGAUAGUAGAGAGUAUAUAAGAUAGUGUACAUUACACAAAACUCAAGCUGCCACAAGUUCACCAUCAAUACCUGCC